GGCACUUUACUGCCUGGAUCAAUCCGAGGCCUUUAUAAUCCAUAUUUCUUUUGGGGAAAAUGACCAUCAAAGAUUUUUUAAUUGAAUAUAAUUCUAUCAAUAGCCAGAAUAUCUUCACAAAUGGAGAUACCAUAACCGGAAGGAUUAUUUUGGAGGUCUCGAAAGACACAACAAUCCAAUCUCUAAUUUUUAUUGGAAAAGGAAAGGCUACGGUUCGCUGGUCUGAACACUAUGGACAAUAUUACAGCCGUUACUACUGGUCUGAUGAGAAAUAUUAUGAAAUCAAACAACGUAUUUUGAAAUAUGGUAAUGAAACAAUUCCCAAAGGACGACAUGCGUUCCCUUUUAUCUUUAAGGUCCCUGACAGAAAAAUGCCGUCUUCCUUCAAGUCAGGGACCGGUAAAGUUGUUCAUAAGGUUAAGGCAGAGCUCAAACAGUCAAUGAAACUGACAAAGGAAGCUAAAGCCCACUUUACAUUUGUCUCUAAAGCUGACAUGGAUAUACACGGACUCAUGGAACCUCAGCAUGAGUGUACUGAUAAAAGUCUCAGCGUCUUUGGCUCCGGAAAUGUCGCAAUGGAUGUUUACACAAGCAGAAUGGGAUACCAGCAAGGUGAAGAUCUCCGGGUCAAAGUUGUAGUAUAUAACCAAUCGUCUCGUGCGGUGAAGCCCAAAAUGGUGUUGUACAAAAAGAAGAGCUUCUUUGCCCAGGGUGAAAGGAAACAUUCCACCAAGGAUAUUCUUGAGGAAAAAGCGGAGUCGAUUGACGCGUACAGCAAAGAGACGGUGAAAAAGGUGAUAACCAUUCCCAGAGAGCUGCCGUCGUCCAUUUUGAAUUGCGGCAUCAUCAAGCUGGAAUACAGGCUGAAGAUCAUCCUGGAUAUCAAAUAUGCAAUCAACCCAAAAGUCAAACUUCCAAUUGUCGUCUUACCUGCCUUGGAUGUUCCUGACAUAAAACAACCACCAGAUCCCGCAGCUGCCUGUGGAUUUGAAGCAUUUGGGAACUCAAACCAACCAACCUGGAGUCAAACACCCCAGUGUAGAACCACAACAACUCAACUUCUGGACCUCCCUCCACCAUAUGAAUCACACACAGCGUACCCUUUGGGUGAUGCUGACAAAUAUGAAAGUUUUCUAUAAGUCUCCUUCCACUGCCUUUAAAAAAAAAAAUAAAGACAAUGUAACUUGACUGGUGCCAAUGAACGCCACACAGACUGAGGAACAGAUUCUCUGAAUGUUCUCUGUUGCAUGCAAUGGAUUGCCAUCCCCCCUCCCCAUCCAUGCGUGAGGAACACUUAAAGGGAAACUGCACUUUUGCUUAUCGUUCACAAUUAUGAGAGACAAGAAGACAAAAGUUUUGUUAUGGUUGCAGGAGGGAGUAGUGACGGCACAGUGCCACAAGGGGGUAAUGUUGCUUUAUGUUUUAUUAUAUAUAUACACAAUAUAUAUAAUAGUAGUGAAUUAUAUUUAUAUAGCGCUUUUUUCUAGUGACUCAAAGCGCUUUACAUAGUGAAACCCAAUAUCUAAGUUCCUUUUAAAGCAGUGUGGGUGGCACUGGGAGCAGGUGGGUAAAGUGUCUUGCCCAAGGACUUAACGGCAGUGAACCUG